GUACAUAUUUAUUUAUUUGCUAUUUUUAAGUAUUCGUUAAUCACGUUCGAGCAUUUUAUAAUUUCUCUUUUGCUUGCUUUGCAGCUUGAAGGCCUCAAAUAUGUGGCCGAUACACCACAUUUUCCGGAAAAUGAAGAACCCAAUAUCUUGGGCCAUGGCACACCAGUGGUUGAAAAAUCUGAUCCAUUGGUCACUGAAAAGCUGAUGAAAGUGAAAACGCUGUUGGAUUUUGAAGAAGCCCCAGAUCAUCUUAAAUUCAAUCCUUACAUUCGUCGAGGCUAUCGCACAUUCCUCUCCACAAAAUUAUGCCUGCAAAGCAUCUUCUGGUGGACCAAUGAAACUAUAAACAUUUGGAGUCANCAUUAUAUUUACAUAUGA